AAUCAAACAACAAAACCCUAGAAAAAGCAAACUCCAUUGAUCCUUCUCCCUCCACACACAGAGAACGUAUCCAUCUCAUUCUUCCCGCCAAUAUCAUUCUUGAACACUCGCAAUCCAUGUCUUCGCUGCGUCGCCAAUCUCCUAUGGUAACGUAUCCAACGAACCAGAGGAAGAAAGCUCCUUCCAACAAUAACCGUCUCCCUUCUUUCCUAAAACCCGGCGUCGCUGUGGAGAUCAGCACCAACGAGGAAGGUUUCCGCGGAGCGUGGUUCAUGGGGAAGGUGGUCACAGUCCCAUCUCCAGAUAAGGAUCCCCUCAACUGCCAGGUGGAGUACGCGACGAUCUCUGAGUUAGACGGGAGUAAACCGCUCAAGGAGUUCGUCCACGUGGAUCAUCUUCGUCCUGCGCUUCCGCCGAUGUCUGAGAUGGAGAAGAAGAGAGAUAUCUUGGCUGGAGAAGAUGUCGACGCGUUUUACAAAGACGUUUGGUGGGAAGGGACUGUUACUGAGGUUCGCGGUGGUGAUGGGAAGCUCAGUGUUUACUUCAGAGGCUCCCAGGAGCUGAUUCAGUUUCGCAGAGAUGAGUUAAGGUUUCAUCGCGAGUGGAUUAACGACACGUGGCAGCCUCCCCUAGAUGAAGCUGUGGAGGAGGAGGAGGAAUCAGAGGAAGACGAAGUAGAUGACUACACAGAAGAGUACCUUGUACCGCAAGUGAAUCUGGAAACUACCAAAGCCGUUGCGAAAGAGAUGUUUUCCAUUGGCACAGUCGUUGAGGUUAGCAGCGACGAGGAAGGUUUCGUCGGGUGUUGGUUUGCAGCGAAAGUCGUUGAACGCAUUGGCGAUGACGAGUACCGGGUCGAGUACAAAGACUUGAGGGAAGUAAACGGCGUCGAGCCUUUGAAAGAAGUAGCCGACUUUCUGCACAUACGGCCGCCGCCACCGAGUGACGAGGAUAUAGACUUUGCUGUUGGGGACAAGAUUGACGCUUUUUACAACGACGGGUGGUGGGUGGGUGAGGUUAUAGAGAGUAUGAAGGAUGGAAGUGUUGGUAUCUUUUUCAGGGAGUCGGCAGAGAAGAUGCGGUUUGGAAGGCAUGGUCUUCGUCUGCAUAAGGACUGGGUUAACGGGAACUGGGAGCUGCCGUUGAAAAGAGGAGAGGUGAAGAGAGCAAAGAAAGUUCCAUUUGAACGGAACGUGAGACGUAAAAUAGCAAUCGACAAGCAAUAUUUCAGCAUUGGAACUCCAGUGGAAGUUAGCAGUAUUGAAGAAGGGUUUGAAGAUUCUUGGUUUCUUGCGAAACUUAUCGAGUACAGAGGAACGGACAAGUGCCUUGUGGAGUAUGAUAAGCUGAAAGCUGAAGAUGGGAAAGAGCCCUUGAGCGAAGAGGUUAAUGAAUUUCAGAUAAGGCCUCAGCCACCAGAGAUGGUCAUGGUUAAUCCGUUCGAGAAGCUUGACAAAGUUAACGCUCUGUAUAAUGAUGGAUGGUGGAUCGGGGUGGUUAAAAAGGUUCUUGCGAAGUCGAGCUACCUGGUUCAUUUCUCGAAAACUGAUGAGAUGCUGAAGUUUCAUCAUUCUCAACUAAGGCUGCAUCAGGAUUGGAGUGAUGGCAAGUGGAUAACAUCUUCUAAGUCUCAGACGGUGUAAUUAGGCUGGAGAAGGCGUCAGGAUUUUUGGAUCUCAAGUUUUGUUAAUUGGGAGGUAUUUGAAGCUUGUAGUCUUAAUCCUGAUGUUCCCUAGCUAUUUUUAGACAAUUUCAGUUAUGAAGAUUAACUAAAAGACAAAAGAGUUCAUAUUUUAUUGAUUUCACCAUGAGAUACCAUUACGCAUAAAA